UACCGUCAAUUGACUGUCAGCCAUAUUACUUAGAAAUCAUUCGCUUCGUGGUGAUCUCUAAGGUAUUAGAAAUUCAACAUUGUUAAAUUAAAUCUUUCGAAUCCGAACGAAUGUAUAACGUACUCUUUGUGAUUCAUAUUUGAAAAAAGUGGAUGAUUAUUUGAUAUUUGAAUCUUUUAGUGAUAAAUACUAAUUUAACGACGACAAAGAUGCCAGCCGAUCAAAUACAAUACUCUGAAAAGUACAGCGAUGACAAAUAUGAAUAUAGACAUGUCAUUUUGCCAUCGGACGUUGGGAGACGUGUUCCAAAAUCGCAUCUUAUGACAGAAACAGAAUGGCGAAACUUGGGAGUUCAGCAAAGUCCUGGCUGGGUACAUUAUAUGAUGCACGGCCCAGAACCACACAUUCUAUUAUUUCGGAAACCAAGAACCGAUUUGCCAGUUCGAAACAACAUCAAUCAGCAACCUCAUAAUAUCUGUGUUGUUUAAAAAAAAUAUUCCAUAAUCAUUAAGUUUUAAUUUUUUUACAAUUUUUGUAUUAUUAAGUUAAGUAUAACCAUAAUUAAUAGGUUCAGUGUGACAUCAGAAUAUUUGUUAAUAAUUUGCUCAUUCUAAGUGUCAAUGUUUAAUGAAUAUUGUAUAAAAUGUUAGAAUGAAACAACUUGAGUAAUUACAACUGUUUUUAUUGAUUUAAAAAAUAAUUAAAUUUUC